CGCAAUCAUAAUCUUGGAUCGAGAUAUAUCAGAAGUGAAGGGGCGGACGGACACACACGUGUGGCACCAUGGCAACUUCUUCCGCGUCCAUAGCCGACGCCUUCCGUGGCCUCAACAGUGGUGAAUUCCUUUGUCGGGUCAUGUCUCGGACGUCGUCGUCCGCAAUCACAGUUCUAGAUGGACUGGACAAGGACAUGGCGACGUUUCUUCACAUGCCGCUGCCUUCGCCGUCCGAGCAUGCCAUGAAACGAGCAUUCCUUCGCACUCGACGAGCCCAGUGUCGGGUAAAGCCCGACCUUCAUCCUUCCAUCACGAUGUGGUUCCUUUGCACGUAGCGCAAAGCUCAAUUGGAAGUCGAUUCCAUCCGCGCGACUGCCACCGCGCUGGCCUCGUCCGCCACCACGGCAGUGCAUGUAGAAACCUUGCGAUGCGCGUCCGAAGGCUACUCGACCGAGUUUGCCUCGUGUCGCCGCAGCGUCGACCAAGCCCUCAUGACGUACUUGUUGCGAUUCUACGCCUCCAUCGAAGUCGAACGGCGGCAUCUUUUGCAUGUCCAAUCCAUGGAACGAGCCGUCUGCGACGCGGCGUUGGCUCGUGCAAAGCGCAAUUUGCACUUGGACACGUUUGCGUUGUACUUGGAGUCCGAAUCCGCAGGCCAAGUGCAAUUUCGGCGUCUCGACGCCACCCAUCCACAAGGCGUGCGAUGUCGCCGCGCCGCGCUCGACAACGUCAAACCCCACGGUCCCCGCAUGCAAGUCGUCGACGUGUAUAAGAUUGAAAACCAUGUCGUGCUCGAGCGAUUUCAAUCCGUCGUCGCAUCGCUGCCUUCCCCCAAAGUCAAGGGCUUGUUCUGCUCUGUCCCAGUAGCCGCCAUCGAGCGCUGCGUGGCGUUCGGCAUGACGGGCGACAGCAACCCCCCUGUGUUCCGCGCGAGUUGGUACUCUAACACGUCCAAGUACGCCCAACCCGUGGCCACGGCCGCCGCCCCCAUCCAGUUUCCAAAACGCUUUUCGCGGUAUAGCUCCUUCGACACGGCCAACUCCCACAGAUGCCAUCACGAGACGACGACCCAGUUCUUGGCGCUGUGCCGUGUCGUGAUGCAACAGGUGGCGAUCGCACCGGCUGCCACGUCAUCUCCGUUCCCAUCCCCAUCUAUCGACACCAUGUACUUUAAUGCUGAGGAAGAGUACCUGGUACGACAUGGCCAUUACGUGGUGCCCGAGUUUUUGAUUCAGCUCGAGAUCGACGAGCCAGUUUCAACCCAGGUUGUUCCUCUCAAGGGUACUGCUACUAGUACCAGUGGACUUCAAGGUGAAAACGACCUCGCCCCAGUCUUGGAACUGGCGUUGCUCGGACCACACGACCAGCUGCCGCGCCCGACGGCAUUUCCGUUUGAAUCCGUUGUGGCGGGUAUCAAUAAUGUGCCAGCAGCAGCACCAGUGGGGCCUUCGAAAGGGUUGCGGAAAAUGAAGCCCGAACUCUUUGGCACGACCGCCGCCUCCGACUGCCCCCCAACGACCCCCGAUUUCCACGUGAAAAAGCAGUGGUUACUCGUACGAACCAGUGUCGUACACGCCACUGUAGGCGCGUUGCACCAGUUCUGGGACCGAAUGGGGCAAGCGUGGCACCUCCGAUAUCGCAAUCACAACACUAGCUCGAUGAUACGCCACAGCAACAACCAGCUAGAAAGUGGUGACACGACUGUACCGUUGAGUGACACUAAAGCAUGGAGUGGAAAGGCAAAGUCGGUCAAAGCCAAGCUCAAGGCGGCCAUCAUAGCUACCAGCGGCAGUCCGUAUUGUGUAGGUCGAUAACCACUGUAGAAACCCUUGGCGAAAUCGACGAAACAGCUUGAAAUUAAGUGCGAGAUUGCGUUUGGGAUAUAGUACUCUAUAUGUUGUGAAGAGUUCAAGUUGGAUAUUCAUG